UUGUCUCAUAUCUCUGUUUUGUUCAACUCAAUUUGUAAUAAAACGUCUUUUGUCAUGAGCGUGAUGUCGUAGAGUAGCAAAUCUUUAUUUCCUGAGAGUUGCGCUUAUGUAUGUGACUUGCACUCGUCAGCCAUUGGAUAAUAUCCUGAAAGCUGAUUGGCUAACAUCUUCCACAUGUUCCACUGUUUCGUAAACCUUUUGUAAUAUACUCCCGAAUCUCUCGCGGCAUCGCUGAUGUUGCAGCAGUUUUGAAUUCUUGUCUUCAUCUUCACUCACCGAUAGAACUGCCAGGAUUCGGAAAUGAAGGUUACAGGACUGUUGGUCCUCCUGAUCGGACUGUGGAAACAAUCCGACUCUCAGCCGAAUCAACCACUGUUCCAGGAAGUUACACAGACCGUCCUUCUUCCUGACAGCCUCCACAAUCCAACACAACUGAACUAUGGAAUGGCAGUAACAGAUGUGGAUGGUGAUGGCGAUCUUGAAGUGGUCGUGGCCGGAUACAACGGCCCUAACCUGGUGUUGAAAUAUGACCGCACUCAGAAUAAACUGGUAAACAUCGCUGUGGAUGACAGUACCUCACCUUACUACGCGCUGAGGGAUGUACCUGGUAACGCAAUCGGUGUCACAGCCUGUGAUGUGGAUGGAGAUGGACGGGAGGAAAUUUACUUCCUCAACACAAAUAAUGCCUACUCUGGACGGGCCACUUACUUCGACAAGCUCUUCAAGUUCCGUAACGGUCGUUUUGAGGAUCUGCUCAGCGAUGAGGUCAACGUGCGGCGUGGCGUCGCCAACCGCAUGGCGGGACGAUCUGUGGCAUGCGUUGACAGAAAGGGAACAGGCCGCUACGCAGUCUACGUGGCAAACUACGCCAGUGGCAACAUCGGGCCCCACGCGCUGCUUGAGAUGGACGUGGCUGCCAGUGAUGUACCAAAUGGCAUUAUCGCGCUGUCUGAUGUUGCUGCCACAGCUGGCGUAAACAAGCUCACAGGUGGACGUGGGGUUGUGGUUGGGCCCAUCGUCAGUGAUACAAAGUCUGAUGUUUUCUGUGACAAUGAAAGAGGACCCAACUUCCUGUUCAUGAACAAUGGAGAUGGAACUUUUGUUGACAUUGCCGGGCGGGCAGGCGUAGAGGACCAAUCCCAACAUGGUCGAGGAGUAGCACUAGCUGAUUUCAACGGCGAUUUAAAGACAGACAUUGUCUACGGCAACUGGAACGGCCCCCACAGGCUUUACCUACAGGGUAGCAACUCGAAUUUCAGGAAUAUUGCGACUGCAGGUUUUGCAUCCCCUUCCCCGAUUCGCACAGUUAUUGCAGCUGAUUUUGACAAUGACAAGCAACUUGAGGUGUUUUUCAACAAUAUUGCCUACAGAGGCAACUCUCCCAACAGGCUCUUCCGAGUUUCGAGGAGACCUAAUGCUGACCCUUUCAUCGAAGAGCUGAAUGUGGGAGACGCUGCAGAGCCUCAAGGCAGGGGAACAGGCGGCACUGUGACAGAUAUGGAUGGAGACGGACAGUUGGACCUUCUCCUGGCACACGGAGAGAGCACAGCGCAACCAAUCUCCGUCUUCAAAGUCGGACAGGGCUCGACAAAUAAGUGGCUUCGAGUCAUUCCUCGCACCCAGUUUGGCUCGUACGCACGAGGCGCUAAGGUAACAGUCUUCACCAAGACGAGUGGAGCUCACAUGCGCAUCAUUGACGGAGGAUCUGGGUACCUGUGCGAGAUGGAACCCGUGGCCCACUUUGGAUUAGGAAAGGAUGAUGUUUCUGUACUGGAGGUGUCAUGGCCUGAUGGUAGCUUCAUCACGCGUAUCCUUCAGCCCAGCGAGAUGAAAUCCGUGGUGGAAGUACCGUUUCCCAGGGACAGCGAAAUGUCCAUGCUUGACAGUAACGCGGAGUGUGGUCGAGGCUUUACUGUGAGGAACGGCCGCUGCACAGCACCAGCCUCAUUUUCCAGCAUCCACUCCACAUCUAGCUCCGGGUUGACGGUCUCCAGUUUUCAGGUGGUUUUCUUACUGUUCUACUUGCAGAUCUGUGAGGUCUGCAGUUUUUAAUGCAAUAAUACAGUAAGAUAUUUUUUCAGCUCUGCAUGUUUGGGUUGAUCAGCUGAGAGGUUGUCUCAUGAUGCAGUCGUAUAGUUUUAUUAGCAUGUUCUCUUGAAGCAUGACCAGGUAUAUAUGCAUCAAAGUCAACUCGGUGUGUCAAAGUUCUACCAUCGUGAACAAGCUACGGAAAGGCAAGACUGUGUUCAUUUGGCUCAAAUGUUAAUUAUAUCAACAGUACGUCUUGGGGUAAAAGGAGUACCGAUCGCACACAAAAACAUCAGUAUCAGGGAAAGUAGUGUCAAAUGUGUUUUUUAUUUGUCCUACAUAAUUUUAAAAAUGUAAUUUCUUAUUUGUGGCAUGGUGGUGGAGUUGUAAAGUGUUUGCUUCACAGUUCUGAGGUCCAGGGUUCGAUCUCGGCCCAACCUGUGUGGAGUUUGCAUGUUCUCCCCGUGCCUGCGUGGGUUUUCCUCGGGUGCUCCGGUUUCCUCCCUCAUCCCCAAAAACAUGCAACAUAAAUUGGACACUCCAAAUUGCCCCUAGGUGUGAUUGUGAGUGCAACUGUUGUCUGUCUCUAUUUUCCCUCCGAUUGGCUGGCAACCAGUGCAGGGUGUACCCCGCCUCCUGCCCGUUGAAUGCUGGGAUCGGCUCCAGCAGUCCCGCAACCCUUGUGAGGAUAAGCGGUGAAGAAGAUGGAUGGAUGGAUCAUUUCUUAUUCAUUUUCCAUUUUCUCCACCAACUUCAGGGGAAAAUAUUGGGUGAGUUCUCUACUCAAAAUUCCAGUCAACUAUUGAAAUGUUUGAUUACAAUUCAGUCAAUUUAUCAAACUUACAAUUGAGUGCUAAGUGAACAAGUAAAACUGUUAAGUAACAGGUUUUGACAUUCUUGAAGUGUCAAACACUUAAAAAUGAAAGGAAAUUUUCGGUCAUUAAACUGCAGAAAAGAGGAGCUUCAGGGGCAUCAAUGACAAGUGGCUGAGAUU